GUCAGUAGCAGUUGUCAAUGUCACACGUAUCGCAUAUUGUUUGUUGGAAAUUUAGAAAUCACUGCCUCCCGUUACGUGUUAUAUAUUUAAAUUUUAUUUUUUUGACAAAACCAUUGACUCUGUGAUUAAAGUAUUAUAAAAGUGUUUAUCUGCUUAUAUUAAAUGUCACUGUGAUAAGCCAGCUUUUGUCACGGUAAACAGCGAACGUCAGAAAGUGAUCAUAUCGAGUCAUUAAUUAGAUUAAAGAAUCAAAAUGGAAACUUCGUACCAGGGAAGUGUAUCGCUUGAAGAUAAUGAUAAUUUUCAGCGGCUUUCUCAAACAAUAGCGAACAACAUAAAGAAAAUAUCGCAAAAUGUCUCGUCAAUGUCCAAGAUGGUCAACCAAUUGCACACUCCUCAAGACUCGCAGGAGCUCAGGAAUCAGUUGAAACAAAUACAGAACUACACUCAGAAGCUUGCCAAGGACACCUCCUCGAUGAUCAUGGAGCUUAUGAAGCAGAAGACUGACAUACCAGCCCAUGCUCUCACUCGGGACCGACUCAGCGAUGAGUACAUGGCUACUCUGAACGCGUUCCAGACCACUCAACGUGCCGCCGCUCGGAAGACGAAAGAAGAUGUACGGAAAGUCAAGGCCCAGAACAUCAACAUCGGCGACCCCUUCGCCCUUGGCGGUGGCAGUAGAGAUAGCGUGGAGAUGGAGAGCAGUCGCAAGCAAGAGCAGAUGUCGGCGCAGUCGGAGAGGGAGUUACAGGAGCUGGAGGAGAGGGAGAGGGACAUCCGACAGCUGGAGAAUGACAUAUUGGACGUGAACCAGAUCUUCAAGGACUUGGGUACGAUGAUCCACGAGCAGGGCGCUGUGGUCGAGUCCAUCGAGGCCAAUGUGGAGGUCGCCGCUCAUGAUGUGGAGGCGGCAACGCAUGAACUCUCACACGCUGCUAUUUAUAAGAACAAGCUGAGGAAGAAGAAAGUGUACCUGGCGCUGAUCCUCAUCGUCAUCAUUUGCAUAAUUCUUAUUCUAAUCUUUAAUCACUGAAAGCAUGUAGGCUUCGGGAGUUACUGCUCUACAUAAAUUAUGUAAGCUGUAUGACACACAUGCCUCCCUUACUACUAUUUAGUUUUUGCGCCUCACAUGUAUAUAUACACAAUAUAAUUACCAAAACAUUUUUUUUGUAUUACUAUGUUUAACCAUUAAAAAAAAUCACAUCAUUUGUUUACUUUUGAUUUUGUGCAUAAUUACAAUAGAAUUAACACAACAAGUAUUCUU